GCGAAGCUUCUUGAAGAUCCGAAACUCUUCGAAGGAGACAUUAUCCGUACAAGAAACCAACGUAACUCUGCUUUGGGCAGAGCUGCAUCUACAACCGGAAGAUGGCCGGGUGCUACGAUGGUAUAUGCCAUUGAUCGUUCUCUGUGUAAGUGCUUAUAUGUAACAUUUAUGGUUAUUUGUGCCUUUUGACAGGGUGCAUGAUAGCAAAGUGAAAUGUCUACAGCUGAGUUAUAGAAACUAGUGAGAAGGCUUUUAUUCUUAUCUUUGCUCUCAGUUUUGCGCGUGGCGUGAAUUGUUAAACUUUCAGGUUAAGAUUAAAUAGGAGCAUUUAUCUGUGAUCACUCGUGAGUGUUUUUUUUGUUUGUUUUUUGUUUUUACUUCUUUUGAACUUUUUCGGGCCCUUAGCUAUCAAUGAAAACUAAUCUUUUUACUUUAAUCGGGGUUAAAGCUGUCCAUGCUCGCGCAAGGAAUGCCAUACGGGCUGGAAUGCGUCAAUGGAGUAGUAGAACCUGCGUCCGCUUCAGGCUACGAAGAGGGAACGAAAGGGCUUUCGCGUACUUUAUACGUGGUUCAGGGUAAGAACAAUUAUUUUAGUCUUUGCUAAGUGUAAGUGUUCAGAAAUGCUUUGCUUGUGGUAUCAAAAUUAUAAUCUCUCUUAUAUUGUGGCUGUGGCUCACAUUAACGAGAUAGAUAGUGUGCACUUAAAACCAACUCAUUGAUGACCAAAACGCACCUUAUUAGUUUCCUCCUUACUGCCACCUCUUACUCGUCCAAAUGCUCUUUACAAAGGUCGGAGGAGACUAGCAGUAUAUCUAAGAAAAGUCGGAGAAUGGGAAAAGUCUUUCCUAAUGCACGCUUUUUGCGCCGGUAGAUGGGGGCAGACCUUUUAAGAACUUGAAGCUCUAAACGGGGGCCUCUUUGAAGUGUUUAUUACAUAUACAUUCUUCGGAUGAGCUUUGCUGCUCUAAGAAAACAAAUUGAUCAUUGUCAAGGUCUUUUGAGUGAUUAGGUCUGGAUAGCAGCAGAUAUGUCACGAGUUUAAGAAAAUAACCGAUACUUUUUAUAAACAUAUUUCGACAGUUCUUCCGUCAUCUUCAGUUAUGAUUCAUGCAAAGUACAAAGUUGACUUUAAAGUGCGUAGUAAAAUGUUGAUUGGACAAAACAAACACUAGUAACAAAACAAUGUAUGCAUUUACAAAAAAAGGUUUUCAAUGAACAUGAUAAAGUUGAUGAUUAAGUGUAGGUUGCUCCCAUUGAAUUUGGAUAGCUUCUUUGAUUUAAAGUUGGAAAGUUGUGGAAGCGUGAUGAUUUCGACACUAUAGGGAAAAGGAACCCUCAAAUCUAGCCAGUGUGCUGCAAGAAUUCACAUGCACAGGAAGUAAAUUUCAAGUUGCUAUGGGUCUGCAUAAGAGUGAGAGUCUUGAUUCUGUUAAUGCUGCUGUUGUUAUUCGUUUUGAGAUGUUCAUCAUAUGUGGGAAGAAUUGGCAGGCGUCAAGACAUCAACCUAGCUUCUGGUUGCUGGACCACAGGAAUAGUGGCUCAUGAAAUUGGUGGGUACUAUGUGGCUCUAGGAGGAAACAAUCAUGUUCCAAGGACUCAUUUGCGAAAUAAACUUGCACCAAAAUGACAUUUAAGGACUUAAGCAUAGCUAAGACUAAUUUUUUAGCAAAAAUAAAUUUUAAAAAGCAGUGGUCACCGUUUUGUUUUGAAGCAGUCCAUUACUUAAUUUGUUCAAAUUGCUUCAUUGCUUUUAUUACUGUGGCUAUGAACCAUUGUGCUCAGGUUGUCUGUUGAAAUUGUGCUUUCCCUUUUUUUAAAGGAGAGAAUUAGCAAACAAUAUUUAUAAUCUAUCGCAAAGAAAAAAAACAAAGAGAACGACAAAAAGGAAGGGAUGGGAAGAAGCAAAAACUCGUUAUAUUCGUUAGCUCGCUCAGUCAUUAAGAUUCUUCAUGGACAUGAUUCAUGGGAGAACAUGUCUAUAACAGAACUUUUUUAAAGCUUUUUUGGGGAUUGUUCUUGUAUUUACGAGGAAGUAAAACACAAGAUUAAGAUUAUGCGCUGACCUAAUGGUGUACUCAUAGCUAAACACAAGUGGUAGCCUGUGAACAAUAAGUAAUUUCUAUAAGUGAAACUCUAACUAACCCUUCCACCCUCAGGGCACGCUUUGGGUUUUUGGCACGAGCAAUCUCGCCCUGACAGGGAUAGAUACGUCCGAAUACUGUGGCAGAACAUCCAACCUGGUAAGUGGGCAUACUCCUGAAUUAAAAGUUGGGGAAAUUAGCCUAAAGUACUCUGCUGUCGAUAGAACGCAGAUUUACAUAAGGCCAGGGUUUUUUAGGGUUUCUAUUAAGAAUUACGGCGACUCGAUCGACAGAAAUUUUCAGCAGUAUAACGAAAGUUCUUUACACGACCUUUAGUUUGAAACAUUAGUCUGAGUGAAUCUUUAUCCCCGAAGGGUGACAAUCUUUAAGAUAGGCCGAAUAAAACACUGGCACGUUGAGGUUUCUUUUUGGCAUUUUGGAAUAAAGAUAAAGUAAUUCGUAACCUUGUCAGGAAGUUACCAUAACAAUGAAUUAUUUAUAACUGUAUGAAUCAAUUUAAAAAUAAAAAAAAGUUCUAAACAAAAGGUAAGCGUAUACUUUACUGUCAAAUAGAAAGCACAAACUAUAAUAGGCCUUACUAAGUUAAGGUCUUCAAAGUAUUUCGACGCGUGUUUUGAGGAAAAUAAAAUUUAAAAUAGUUUUAAACAUACCUUUUCCUCUACAACCAAUUCCUUAUAGGAAGGGCGCAUAACUUCAAUAAGAGAAGUAACUCUGAAGUCAACUCUCUUGGGGUUCCUUACGACUACGGAAGCGUGAUGCAUUAUGGUCCUACGGCUUUCUCCAAGAACAGACAGCCAACGAUUGUACCCAGACGAAGAGGGGUUCGUUAUCAUAGUUACAUUCUUACACUCAACGUAUGA